AUUCCAUCGUGUUUAUUAUUUAACAAUAAUUUCCUACUAAAUAAUUAAAAAUGCAGCUCGAUUCUGUACAAAUAAAUCCGGACGACGUUAAGGCGGCACUAAAAGGCGUAGUGAAAUUCGCCUCGGAAAAUCCGAACCUGCAAAAGCAGCUUUUCAGCGAAGAAUUUCCGAUUUUCCUGCAAAUCAACUCCUUUAAAAUCCCCAAGGCUCGAGGGGCUGUAAAAAAAGUGUUCAGAGUACCUUUGAAGAAUUCUCCUUUGCCUCCUGACGCUGAUGUUUGCCUCAUUGUACCUGAUGUAAAAGGUAUUCCGAAUAAAGAACACGAAAAACAUGUGGAGCAUUAUGAGGCAAUUCUACUAAACAAAAAUGUAACAAACAUCAAGAAAAUUAUGACUUUCCACGAAUUCAGGACCGAGUAUGAUACUUUUGAGCUCAAAAACCGCUUAGUAGAUCUCUAUGACAUAUUCCUAGUUGAUGGCAGAAUUAGUGGUAAAGUUGUCCACAAAUGUGGCAGCAUUUUCUACAAAAAACGCAAAGUGCCUGUAGCGAUAAAACUACACAUCCCCAAACUCAAGGACCACCUAGAGCAAGCCUUGAAAAAGGCCUUUUUCCAAAUAAGCCUGAAAAGCGACAGCAAUAUGGUACAAGUUGGCUACAGCAAAAUGAAGUUAAAACAUUUGAUGGACAAUGUACAAAGCGUUGUACAAUUUAUUAAACGGAAAUUCCCUGGAGGCAUUGAAAACAUCAGAAGCCUAAAUGUAUACGCUCACAGAGGUUCUAGUAUACCAAUAUAUUUUUCUUUGAAGAAUCCAAAUGAAAUUAAAGUGCCUAAGCUAAUAAACAAGAAGCCUAAAGCUUAUAAGGCUUAUAAGGGAGAAUUGACUACACAAUAUAAUGCUGAGGUUAUUGUCAAGCCUACUGGAGAUGUUUUGGUGAAAAGGAAGAAGACGAAACAAUAAUAAUUAAUGUAUAAAUAAUAAUAAUAAUAAUAAUAAAACACUUGAUUUUUCCUUAUAAUGUACUUUAUUUUGAAAUAAUUAUUAUUAUGACACAGUUUUAUUUUAUUUUAAGUUUAGACUGUGAAAAAUCAAUUUUCAUCUUUCAACUAAACAGCUACCGUGUAAAAAAAUAAAAAUUUUACAAUAUAGUUAACAUUUUUUUUUUUAGGCCCGGUUUAUUCAUCUUUAGCUUUUAUCAAAAGGUGAAUAAACCGGCUCUUAAAAGAAUAAAUCACAAUUUAUUUACAAUAUGCAAAGGAAAACUGUAAGUUACAGGGUAGCGGAAUGUUUAAGCAAUUUUUUUUUAUUAAUCUAACUUGGACAAACAAACACCCUCCCCAAUAUCAUUAAUAAAUACAUUUUAAAAAGGAACAAUAUUGUCCAAUAGUUAAGCCUUAUUCGAGUACAGUUUAAGUCCCAAUAAAAUAAAAAAUAUUUGUGAGAUUCGUUUUAAGUCUAAAAAUCACAUAUAAAGCAUAUUAUACAUUUUUGCUAAAAUUUACAAGAAAUACUUGAGGCGUUUAUACAGAAUUUAUUUUUGUGUAUAAAUGCCGCCAUAUUUAUUUUCUGUAUAAGUCAUGCUAAAUUAAUUUAUUUGAGGCCGAUUUAUAAUAUACCACAAACUUCAAGUGACUUAGGAUCAGUUUAUUAAUGGACAGUUAUCUAAUGAUGAUUGGUAGCUAAACUAAAUAACUGUCCACUGAUAAACUAGUCCUUUAAGAAUUACUUGAGUUUCUUAACAGAGCUGGGCAGGGCUU